AUGUGCAACAAAGUCUACCUCCCCAAGUGGUGUCUCGGCCACGGCCCGACAAACGACUGGGAGCUCUACAAAACCCAAGAGUGUGACUGCGGCAUGACUCCUCUGGACAUCUAUCGCCAGCCUCACCCGUACUUCACCUUCCGCUGCGACGACUGCGUGGCGACAAACCGUUGGUUCGAGAACAGUCCGGCUGGCAUCCAGUGGCGGCAUGAGAAUGAAGGGGCUGCGGAGAAGGAAGAGGUGAAGCUGAAGAAGCCUGUGAAGAGCAGGCUUGUGAAGCCGAAGAAAUGA